UAUAUUGGUAGCUCACAUCUUGUGUGCCCAACACCAAUUACUACUUUUAAAAUCAAGCCUAAUGCAUACAUCUUCCCAUCUCUACCUCCUUAUUACAUUACUCUUAUUUCUUCAAUGCAUGGUUGAUUAUAGCUCAGCCAACUCCGAUAUCAACACUGAUCGUUCUUCACUUAUUGCCUUCAAAUCUCGAAUAUCUUUAGAUCCCCAAGAUAUAUUGACCAAAAGUUGGAACAAUGAGAGCAGUAUCUGUAGUUGGAUCGGAGUUACUUGUGAUUCUCACCAUAAAAGGGUGACUCAGUUGAAUUUGACAUCCAUGGAUCUUGUAGGAAAAAUUCCACCCGAAAUCGGAAACCUUUCUUUUCUUGUUUCUUUAGAUUUGAGUGGGAACUCUUUUUAUGGUCCAAUUCCUCCAUCUAUUUUCAACAUGUCAUUUUUAGAAUAUUUGCAAUUGAGAUAUAAUAGUUUGUCUGGUAGUCUACCUCUUGAUAUGUGCAUCCACAACCUGCAUAGACUCAAGUUUCUUCAUAUAUCUUACAACGAGUUGUAUGGAGAAAUACCAUCGAGUUUGGAGCACUGUUCACAACUUGAGUAUUUUUCUUUAUACAACAACAGUAUUAGUGGAUUUGUGCCUAAAGAAAUCGGGAACUUGAUGAAACUUCAAUUAUUUAUCGUUGGUGUAAAUAAGUUGAUUGGUUAUAUUCCAAAAGAAAUUGGGAACAUGACAAUGAUUGAAUGGUUGGGCCUUAGUAACAACAAUUUAAGUGGUAAUAUUCCAAAAGAAAUCAGUUAUCUCACAAAAUUAAGAAUUUUGCCUUUAAGUUUCAACCAGUUCUCAGGGCCAUUACCAAAUGAAAUUGGGAACAUUACAUCUCUUACCACCUUGGAGCUAGACAAUAAUGAAUUUAGCGGUAAUAUUCCAGAAGAAGUUUUUCUUCUCAAUAAUUUAAGGUGGUUGGACAUCGGAUACAACCGACUUCGUGGAUCGUUGCCAAAAGAAAUUGAAGAAUUUUUUAAGGACAGAUCGAGUACUACAGAGUGCUACCUCUUUUAUAUUACAAUAACGUGCACAGGUUCGAUACCAUCCGCCGCCUUUGUGAAUCAAUCAAGUCUGCUUAGUUUAGAACUCUCUUCCAACAACAUAAAUGGAGAGAUUCCACCAUCUAUUUGCAACUUGAGAUCCCUCCAAGUCCUCCUACUAUCAUACAAUAGUUUGAGAGGACCAAUUCCAGAUUGUCUGGGAAACUUAAGCACCUCACUGGUUAUUCUCCAUUUGAAUGCAAAUAAACUUACUGGCCCCAUUCCAUCUACAUUCACAAAAGGUUGCACUCUUCAGUCAAUCAAUCUAAAUGGAAACAAAUUGGAAGGAAUACUACCCCACACCCUAGUCAACUGCAAAGACUUUCUGGGGAUUGACAUUGGUGAUAAUGAAAUACGAGAUGUGUUUCCCUUUUGGAUGGAAACACUCCCUCAACUUCGCGUCCUCGUCCUGAGGUCAAAUAAGUUCAAUGGUGCAAUGUCGUUGGCGGCUUCAUACUCAAACACAGAGCGGUCAUUUCCAAAGUUGCAAGUAUUGGAUAUAUCACAUAAUGCAUUUGUUGGCAUUUUACCUGAUAGAUAUAUCAACAACUUUCGAGGUAUGAUUGAUGCAAAAGAAAACCAGACUGAUGAUGAAGCAAAAAGAUAUCUAUUUUAUUUAGAGUUGAAGCUCACAUUGAAAGGAGUGGUUCAGUUAUUGGAGCGACUGCUAGAUACCUUCACAACCCUCGACUUAUCCUCCAACAGAUUCUCUGGGAGCAUUCCACCUUCUAUAGGGAAUCUUAACUCUCUUAGAUACUUGAAUUUGUCUCACAAUACCCUCAGUGGACAUAUACCGCCAUCUCUAGGAAGUAUGAGUUUGCUCGAGUCUUUGGACUUGUCUUCAAACAUAUUGGAUGGGAAAAUUCCAAGGGAAUUGGCGAAGUUGACAUUUCUUGCAAAGUUAAACGUUUCAAUAAAUAGUCUUGAGGGACAAAUACCACAGGUUGGCCAACUUUCCACAUUUGAUAACGAGUCAUAUGCGGGAAAUGCAGGAUUGCGUGGAUUUCCAAUGACGAAAGAAUGUGAGAGGGCUGAAGGAAAACCGUCAACGCCGUAUGUGGAAGCGGAAUCUGAUAGGGAGAUAAAGUGGGAUUAUGUGUUUGCUGCUGCUGGAUAUGUUGUGAGCAUAGGAAUGUUUUCGUGGCUGCUUUUAUUCUGCCGUAGUUUCAGGUAUAAAUACUUUGAGAAAGUUGAUGAUGUUUUUGAGAAGAUAUUUGAGUGUUGCCAGUGCCGGAAGAAAAGAGAUAGACGAAGAAGAGUUGUGGGGAAUCAGGCUAGAAGACAGUAGUGAGCAUAAGGCUAUUGUUUUACUUAUAUCCAAUAUUAAUGUUUUGUGUAUCAUGAUACUCCAUGUCCUUUCAUAUUUGGGUGUCAACAUUGUUUGAAUUAUAUAUUAAGAUUUUUU